AUGGAGUCUUGCCUUCUGCUCAAGUUCAAGCGUGACCCUCCUUGGUUCUUCCACGCUGUGGACAUCUAUCGAGACAAUCUAAGCGAGGUUCCCGCUGCAGACUUGCGUGACAUUGCCCGCCGCCUGGGGUUCACCAAGUCGCAAGUUCGUCGCAAAGAUCUUUCUAUUGAAGCCUUAAUUGAACACUUUUCUAAAGUAUGCAGUGCAAUCUCGUCGUCGCUUCGAGUGGAAAACUCUGGCUCCCGUCAUCUUCCAGCCAGUUUGAAUACCCGAGCCACUCGCAUUGCUGCUGAGUUGUCAGACUUGUACGGUGUCCAAGUUGCUGCCGCCCUGCGAAAGUUCCCCCCUGCCCUAAAAUCUCUCGGCCAUGCGGACAGUCGUCUCUCUGCUUCCCGUCUGGUUCCAUGGGUCUCUGUUCCCGUGGACGUCGUCUCGAAUGUCUCGCCCGGGAAGAAGUUCGCUCAUGCCUUCAAGGGUUGCCUCGUCGUUACCGUGUGCUAUAUAACUAUCGUUCAUCCCUAGGGAAACGCACGGGUACGGGUAACACCGCGGUUCUAUGCUGACGGGUUUGGAGGGU